ACGUCACAUCUUGUCCCCUUACCUUUAUAUAUGUCCCAUCUAUAGGAGAGAGGGUGUGCGCGAGAGAGAGAGGGCGAAUUUUGGGCAUGGGGUGGGAUUGAGGGCGAUAGGAAGAAAGAAAGUUGUGUCACAAUGUGUAUUUGAUUACUGUUAUCAGGGAGAAAAGGUCUCAUUGUUGCAGCACUCCUUUUCUUUGCUGACGUAGUGCCUGUUUCCCGUUUACGGAGGGCAACACCCAGCAGCAAUGACGAGACCACCCCAGCUACGCUGUCCGCCUACUACUUAUGCGUCAGAAUCACCAACCAGAUUUACACUGAGUCACUCAAUAAUCAAAGCUCUAAGGAGUACAAACAGCUGAGGAAACAGGUGGAACAGAUGAUGGAUGACGUCCACAGCUCUUUGCCAGAGUCUGACAAAUACAUGGGUGUAUUUGAUAUAAUCUUCAGUAAUGGAUCAGUCAUUGCAAACUCAACAUUAAUGUUUGGGACUACAUUCAUGAUCAUUCCAACUUUAGCUAAAGGUCUACUUUCCAUUCAUAUCCAAUCAAAUAAAUCCAAAACCCUUGACCUGGACCUCGCCUAUACUGAAGGUCAACUUCCAAUAAAAGCCACACUACCUCUUGUAGCACGUACAACAGCAACCGUAACUUCCUCACCACCAUCUACCACAAAUACCCCUGCAGCAACGACUACUACAGUUGCCUUAGUUAGUACGGCUAGCCGUUCAGGAAGGGUCGGGGAUGGAACUGCAUCUACAGCAAUGAUUUCAUCUGGCAACAUCACCAGUCUUGCAACAAUUAAUAUUUCAAGUAGUCAUACCCUCACAACCACCACAGCACAAUUAGCAGCAUUACCACUCAUAUUCCUGAAGAACAUAACACUAGAAUUAGCAGCAUUACCACUCAUAUUCCUGAAGAACAUAACACUACAAUUAGCAGCAUUACCAUUCAUAUUCCUGAAGAACAUAUCACUACAAUUAGCAGCAUUACCACUCAUAUUCCUGAAGAACAUAACACUACAAUUAGCAACAUUACCACUCAUAUUCCUGAAGAACAUAACACUACAAUUAGCAGCAUUACCAUUCAUAUUCCUGAAGAACAUAUCACUACAAUUAGCAGCAUUACCAUUCAUAUUCCUGAAGAACAUAACACUACAAUUAGCAACAUUACCACUCAUAUUCCUGAAGAACAUAUCACUACAAUUAGCAACAUUACCACUCAUAUUCCUGAAGAACAUAACACUACAAUUAGCAACAUUACCACUCAUAUUCCUGAAGAACAUAACACUACAAUUAGCAACAUUACCAUUCAUAUUCCUGAAGAACAUAUCACUACAAUUAGCAACAUUACCAUUCAUAUUCCUGAAGAACAUAUCACUACAAUUAGCAACAUUACCACUCAUAUUCCUGAAGACCAUAACACUACAAUUCGCAACAUUACCAUUCAUAUUCCUGAAGAACAUAACACUACAAUUAGCAACAUUACCACUCAUAUUCCUGAAGAACAUAUCACUACAAUUAGCAACAUUACCAUUCAUAUUCCUGAAGAACAUAACACUACAAUUAGCAACAUUACCACUCAUAUUCCUGAAGAACAUAACACUACAAUUAGCAACAUUACCAUUCAUAUUCCUGAAGAACAUAACACUACAAUUAGCAACAUUACCACUCAUAUUCCUGAAGAACAUAUCACUACAAUUAGCAGCAUUACCACUCAUAUUCCUGAAGAACAUAACACUACAAUUAGCAGCAUUACCAUUCAUAUUCCUGAAGAACAUAACACUACAAUUAGCAACAUUACCACUCAUAUUCCUGAAGAACAUAUCACUACAAUUAGCAACAUUACCAUUCAUAUUCCUGAAGAACAUAUCACUACAAUUAGCAACAUUACCACUCAUAUUCCUGAAGAACAUAACACUACAAUUAGCAACAUUACCACUCAUAUUCCUGAAGAACAUAUCACUACAAUUAGCAACAUUACCACUCAUAUUCCUGAAGAACAUAACACUACAAUUAGCAACAUUACCACUCAUAUUCCUGAAGAACAUAUCACUACAAUUAGCAACAUUACCACUCAUAUUCCUGAAGACCAAAACACUACAAUUAGCAACAUAACCACCCCUAUUCCUGGAGACCAUAACAUUACAAUUAGCAACAUAACCACCCCUGCUCCUGGGGACCCUAACAUAACAAUUAGCAACGUAAGCACCCAUAUUCCUGGAGACCACAACAUUACAAUUAGCAACAUAACCACCCCUAGUCCUGGGGACCCUAACAUAACAAUUAGCAACGUAAGCACCCAUAUUCCUGGAGACCACAACAAUACAAUUAGCAACACAACCACCCCUGCUCCUGAAGACCACAACAUUACAAUUAGCAACAUAACCAUCCCUAGUCCUGGGGACCCUAAUAUAACAAUUAGCAAUGUAAGCACCCAUAUUCCUGGAGACCACAACAAUACAAUUAGCAACACAACCACCCCUAUUACCCCUAAAAAUCCUCCCCAGACCAGUAGCACGACAGUCUUCCGUAAAACCUCUCCAUCAACAACUGCCUCAGGCCAAUCUAACCCCCCAGUUGCCCCUACUGAGAGAGCAACAAGCAGGCAUCAGGCUGCCACAGGCCAAACGACCAAUCAUAAGAACCCAGAGAAUACGGAGGCGACACAUAAGACCACAGAGAAUGCUGCAGCUGUAGUUGCUGGGGGCGGAGAGGGAGUCCCAAGAUGGGGGAUCGCUCUAUUGGUACUGGCUGUCCUGACCUUGUUAAUCCUCCUUAUUCUCCUAAUACUGCUGCUAGUGUGGUUGUGCUGUAGGCAGAGAUGUGGAAGUUUCAGCCCAUAUAACCAGAUCAACCACGGGGCAGACAUCCAAAUGUACUCCACACACAGCCGCUUCGACGUGCCCAACGGCAAGCCUAAUGACGAAAUGCGGGGACCAUCGAAAAACCGAACAGGGAUGCAUGUGGUGAACGAAUACUGACACACAGAAGCUCCAGUCAAUUGGGUAAGAAGACCAUCUGAAAUGGCCUUAUGAAGUAAUAUGCAUGGGAGCAAUGACAAUUCUGUACAAAUGGUCCAAUUAUCUCUGAAGUAUCUGAAUGAAGAUCAUGGCGUUGGCUCACUGAUUGUAAUUUCAACCUGUAUUUAUUCAAAUCAAAUCACAUUUAUUUAUAAAGCCCUUUUUACAUCAGCUGAUGUCACAAAGUGCUAUACAGAAACCCAGCCUAAAACCCCAAGCAAGCAAUGCAGAUGUCCUA